GAGAGAAGGAAGAAUGUCCCCGGGACUGAGCUGCGUCGGGGAGACCUGCAACACCACCAACUGGAGCUGCCACCCGUCCCUGAGCGAAUACCGCUACUUCGGGGCGUCCCUGGGGGUCCUGGUGACGGCGGUGGGCGGCGUGGGCAACUUGCUGACCAUCCUGGCUUUCGCUUCGGAGCCCCGGCUCCGGACGCGCUUCAACCUGCUGAUCCUGAACCUGACCGUGUCCGACCUGCUGUACUGUGGCUUCCUGCAGCCCCUCAACGUGGAGACCUACCUGAGGGCCAGGUGGUCCCAGGGCCGGACCGGCUGCAGGGUGUUCGGGCUCCUGGUGUUCACCUCCAACCUGGUCUCCAUCCUCAACCUGACGCUGAUCGCCGCCGCCCGCUACGCCCUGGUCUCCAGCCCCCGGUGUUUCCAGAGGGUCUCCGGUCGCUGGUGGGCCAUUCCCCUGUUCCUGGGGGCCCCCUGGCUGGUGUCGCUGGCCCUUCUGGUGCCCUUCUGGGGCGUCUUCGACUUCCUGCCUUCCGUCUGCUCCUGCAGCAUCCACCCGGGGCGGGUCCGGCUCGCCACCACCGUCCUGCACAUCCUCACCUUCGGGCUCGGCCUGGCGUCCAUCGGCGUCUUCUACCUGCUCAUCUACCGCAAGGUCAAGUCGACCGGGAGGGCGGCGCGCAGCUACGGGGUCCCCGGGCCCGCGGAGGCCUCCAGCUCCCAGCGGGAGACGGGGAGCAGGUCCAGGGUCUCGGAGGAUGCGGAGUUGGAGCGGGAGGAGGAGGAGGGGGAUUCGGGGAGUGUUGCCACCGGGUCUGGAAGGAGGGUCAAGGGCCGGACCAUGAGCAAAUGGAGUAGGAGGAGGACGACGAGGAGGGGGCCCAGGGAGUCGGAGGCGAGCAGGGUGACCACUAUGUGUUUUGCCGUGUUCCUGGUCUACCUGGCGUGUUACCUGCCGUUCUGCCUGGCCAACCUCUUCCACAGGGCGCUGCCCCAUGUAGUCCGCACCCUGGCCGGCAACAUCACCUGGCUGAACAGCUGCGCCAACCCGGUGCUCUACGCCAUCAUGAACCGGCAGUUCCGCGAUGCCUACCGCGGGGUGCUCCGGCUGCCCUGCUCCCUGGGGUGCUGCGGGGACCGGAGGCGAUAGGCGGCCUGUCUCGUCUUCACCCCCCGUCCCCGUCCCCGUCCCCGUCCAAACCGUGUCUCUCACCAAAUGUGUCCCUUUCACUGCCUCUCUCUCUCUCUAUGUCUCUGUGUCUGUCUGUCUCUCUCUCUCUCUAUCUCUCUGUGUAUCUGUCUGUCUGUUUCUCUCUC